GUGCACACUAGCAUUGCUCUUUUUCAAUUCCGACUUCUUCUGCAUCGGCCUCUACGUUCUAUUUAUGGUGUAGCAGCGAGCAUUACUUCCCUCAUUAAUUCACAGCCGUUCAACUCUCUUCCAUACAUCUUUCCCUCAUCGUCUUCUUCUCCUCUUCAGUUUCUUCUUCUGUUCAAGGUUCUAGAGAAUGGGAAGUACUGGGGGAACCGAUUACGGUGCUUACACCUAUGCGGAACUCGAGAGGGAACCUUACUGGCCAUUAGAAAAGCUCAGGAUUGCCAUAACUGGGGCUGGCGGCUUUAUUGCUUCUCACAUUGCACGGCGUUUGAAGAGCGAGGGCCACUAUAUUAUUGCUUCUGACUGGAAGAAGAAUGAGCACAUGACAGAAGAUAUGUUCUGCAAUGAAUUUCAUCUUGUUGAUCUCAGGGUCAUGGACAACUGCCUAAAGGUCACUAAAGGAGCUGACCAUGUCUUUAACCUUGCCGCUGAUAUGGGUGGAAUGGGCUUCAUUCAGUCCAAUCACUCUGUUAUUUUUUAUAACAACACCAUGAUCAGUUUCAACAUGCUUGAGGCUUCGAGGAUCAAUGGAAUAAAGAGGUUCUUUUAUGCCUCUAGUGCUUGCAUCUACCCUGAGUUUAAGCAACUAGACACUAAUGUGAGCCUGAAGGAGUCUGAUGCAUGGCCUGCUGAGCCCCAAGAUGCUUAUGGCUUAGAAAAACUCGCCACAGAAGAAUUGUGCAAACACUACACCAAAGAUUUUGGUAUUGAAUGUCGGAUUGGAAGAUUCCAUAAUAUUUAUGGUCCAUUUGGAACCUGGAAGGGUGGGAGGGAAAAGGCUCCUGCUGCUUUCUGCAGAAAAACUCUCACUUCUACUGAUAAGUUUGAGAUGUGGGGAGAUGGACUUCAGACCCGAUCUUUCACCUUCAUUGACGAGUGUGUUGAAGGUGUUCUUAGAUUGACAAAAUCAGACUUCCAGGAGCCUGUGAACAUUGGAAGCGAUGAGAUGGUUAGCAUGAACGAGAUGGCUGAGAUUGUUCUUAGCUUUGAGGAUAAAAAGCUUCCCAUCCACCACAUUCCUGGCCCAGAAGGUGUCCGCGGUCGUAACUCAGAUAACACAUUGAUUAAAGAGAAGCUUGGUUGGGCCCCAACAAUGAAACUGAAGGACGGGUUGAGAUUUACGUACUUCUGGAUCAAGGAUCAAAUUGAGAAAGAGAAAGCUCAGGGUGUUGAUUUAUCUGUUUAUGGGUCUUCCAAGGUGGUGGGAACUCAAGCCCCUGUCCAACUUGGGUCGCUUCGUGCUGCUGAUGGCAAGGAAUGAAUUGGUCAGUUCUUCAAGUUGUACUCUAUGGAGCCAAGUUCUACUCUGAAAGGGCUACCUUAGAGAAUGCACUAGGCAUAUAUUUGGUAAUGUGCCAUAUUUAAGUUUACAGCUCGUGUUUCUAUUUUAUUAAUGCCUUUUGUGUAAGGGAAGCUCUUGUGCUCCCAUAGCGUUCCUGGUUUUUACUGAUAAAAAAUUCUGUAGGAUGAUCACUAUCAAGCUGAAUCUGAAUGGCGUAAUGUAGUUGCGGCACUUUCGGUGUCCAUAAUUGAUAAUUUCAUGUUUGGGUAAAUACGGAGUGGGGUAUGAAAGUAUUGCUAGUUAU